UUCCGGAUGGCAGGGAGGGAGGCCCGUCUGUCUUUCUCCCUCUCUAUGUUCCCUUCCCGGCCUCCGCCAUGAAGAUCACUCGGCAGAAGCACGCCAAGAGGAACAUGGGCUUCUACAAGUACAACUUCGGCUUCCGGGAGCCCUUCCAAGUCUUGCUGGACGGGACCUUCUGUCAGGCGGCGCUGCGGAACAAGAUUCAGAUCCGAGAACAGCUGCCGGGAUACUUGGGCGGCGCCACGCAGCUCUGCACCACGCGAUGUGUCCUCAAGGAACUGGAAUCCCUAGGAAAGGAGUUGUAUGGUGCAAAACUGAUUGCACAGAGAUUUCAGGUCCGGCAUUGUUCUCACUUCAAAAGCCCUGUGAGUGGCUCAGCCUGCCUGCUGUCCAUGACCGAAGGUGACAACCCACAUCAUUAUUUCACUGCUACGCAGGACCAGACUCUGGCAAAAAAAAUAAAGAAAAGAGUUGGAAUUCCUCUUCUGUUCAUCAUUCAGAACACUAUAGUUCUGGACAAACCUUCUGCUGCAUCUUUAGCCUCUGUGCAGGCCAUGCAGACCAGUCAACUUAUUCCAGAGCAUCAGAAAGAGAGCAUUUCACGUCUGAAAGAAGAACAGGGCCUAGUGAAAACUUCGGAAGGCAAAAAAAGGAAAAGGAAAAGGAUUGCUGGUCCUAAUCCUCUCAGUUGCCUGAAGAAGAAGAAAAAGAACAAAAGCCAAGAGGCCACACAGCCUGCAACAACUAAGAAAAAGGUGAAAAGGAACCGAAAGAAAAGGAAACCGGAAACAACAGCAGGGAUUGUACAGUCAGGAUCACAGAAUGUUGAAGCAUAAAAGGCUUGGGAAAUGAUUGGACCUGGAUAUUAUUUGAACUUUGAAAAAUGAUAAUAUGUUCUGCUAUUAUAUUAUUAAAAUAAAUAUUUGUAUUCCCUUGUUAAAAAACAACUAUUUCUAUAAUUCGGUGCCAUAUUUAUAUAGUGUAUUAAAAUAUCCUCUUUCCCACAUUA